AUGGGUGACCCUAAGCAGACACUCUACAUUCGUGGUCUGCCAGACAAAGUAUCGACAGAGGAGAUGCGCCGGGCUCUGUAUUUGUACUGCACGCAGUUCGGCCCGGUGCUUGAGGUAUCGUACCGCAAGAGUAGCAAUAUGUACGGACAGGCCUUUGUUGUUUUCACAGAUGUGGCAACCGCAACUAGCGCACGACGCGAACUAAACGAGCGGCAGUUCUACGGACGAGUGUUGCAGGCAUUCUACGCCAAACGGCAGUCUUUUAGUGCUGAUCCGGGGGAGAGACGUCGACGAGAUCUCCGACGGGAACGUGAGUCAGGUGUAAAGAGGCCACGUGAGAGUUAA